CACCUCCCCUGACCUUCCAGAAGCCUGCCCCGCUUGGACAAAGCAGCCAUUCCCAGCACAGUGGCCCAGCAAACAAGUCUUGACCUGAGGCCAAGGCUCUUGAGGGCUGAACAGUAUCCCUGCACUCACUCCCUCCUGAAACACUCUGUCCCUUCGUCAUUCAAAGCAUCAUUUCUGGGAAGGCCAGGGGCUUGUUUUCCAGAGUGGCCUUGUCAGCUACCAGGCUGGCGGGCAAGUUCUGACCUCCCUGCCAAGCCUAACUUGAGAUGGUAAACAUCUUGGGUCUGAGGAUGGGAAACAGGAGCCCUGAUCUCCCUCAUUCUGAAGACCCAGGCCCCACUCUCCAGCCCCCUUCCUCUUAGGUUGUCCUUCUCUCUGCCUUCCUCUGAGCUUCACAUCCCUCAACUCCCUUCCAUAGUCUUCCCAAGACUGGGAGCAGUUCACACCAGAGCUGGGAGGGGCCCAGACUGUCCCCCCAGGACCUCUUCCACCUUGAAUGCAAAGCCACCCCAGACACACCUUGCAACAGAGAUGUUAAUGCCAAGGGUCUCACUUUCUUCACUUCAGAUUCAGAGAGGGACAGGCCUUUGUCAGAGUCACAGCUAGUGGUGGACCUAGACAGUGUUGUCCUCCCAGCCCACUCUCUGCCUGACACUCCCAGAACACUCCCAGGGAGCCCUGAAAUACCCUGAAGGAGAUAGGAAAGGGCUAAUCCUGGAUGAGUUGUGAAGAGGGAAGAAGGGAGCAGGGAGAAAGGGCUGGGGCCCAGGGUGGAGGGUGCAGGCUGCCUAUGUUUGCAGGGAGGGCUGAGUGGUAGGAUUGCUACUCUCUGGGUAGGGAAGGGUUAAGUCCUCCUGGGCCUUCUGCUGUGGCCACCCUCCCUUCCUGAACUUUCUCCUCCCCAGCCCUGGAGCCACACCCAGAGCCUCUGGUUCCCUGAGCCAUUUUCUUGGCCUGCCUGAGCCCCUUUCAUGGCCUGCCUGAGCCCCUUGCAGCUCCAGAAGUUCCAGGAGGAUGGAUUCCUGGUGCUGGAAGGAUUCUUGUCUGUGGACGAGUGUGAGGCUAUGAAACAAAGGAUUGGUGAGAUCAUGGCCGAGAUGGAUGUCCCUCCCCACUGCCGCAUAGAAUUUUCCACCCAACACGAGGAACAGCUUCGAGCCCAGGACAGCAUAGACUAUUUCUUGAGCAGUGGUGACAAGAUUCGAUUCUUCUUUGAGAAAGGUGUUUUGGACAAUAAAGGAAAUAUCUUGGUGCCUCCAGAGAAAUCAGUCAACAAAAUUGGUCAUGCUCUGCACGCCCAUGACCCUGUCUUCAGGAGUGUCACACAUUCCCCCAAGGUGCAGGCCUUGGCCAGAAGUCUGGGCCUCCAGAUGCCUGUGGUGGUGCAGAGCAUGUACAUCUUUAAGCAACCUCACUUUGGUGGUGAAGUCUCCCCUCACCAGGACACCUGGUUCCUGUACACGGAGCCCCUGGGCCGGAUGCUGGGCCUGUGGAUGGCGCUGGAGGAUGCCACGCUGGAGAAUGGCUGCCUUUGGUUCAUCCCUGGCUCCCACACCAGCGGAGUGUCAAGAAGGAUGAUCCGGGCCCCUGCUGGCUCAUGGCCUGCUACCAGCUUCCUCGGGGCAGAGCCAGACUGGGAUAACAGCCUCUUUGUGCCCACACCAGUGCAGAAAGGGACACUGAGGUACACCCCAGCAUCAUCAGGAGGUCCCUGUUGAGUGGCACAGUGCAGAGGGCUUCUGGCCACAUCUGGGGUGGAGAGGCCCUUUGUAAGGCUUG